AAUACGAUGAAGAUAAGUUACGUUGGGGAAAAUAUAAUUACUUCCUUUGGAGGGGGGCACAGAAUGUAACUAGCGGUGAUGGGUAUGGUGACGUUGAAGAGUUAGCAGUACAAUGUCCUCGAAAAGUUGUAAAGUGUGCUGCCUUUUUAAAGCUUUUCAUGUUUGCCCUGUUCAUGUUGUUAUCGCAGGUUUCGCACGAGAGCACAAACCGUGGAGUCAUGAGAGGGACCCCCCAGCUAGCACAAGCGAUCGUACACAAAAGCGCUAACAGAUUACUAGCAGAACCGCCAAUGGAUUUCGACG